ACGUUUCUCUUCUGGAGGCCGUCUCCAGGGGAGGAGGCGGAGGAGGAGGAGGAGAGAGAGAACCGAGCCGGAAGUGACGCACGGAGUUCCGGUUGGCCGGAGCCCAGAGGCGGGUGUGAGAGUGGGUCGGGAGCCGCUUCCAGGUUCCUGAGAUCCCGAGUAGCCGGCGGUCGGAGCAGCUCCUCAAGAGUGAUUGAUCUAUGAAAUGGCAGAGAAUGGAAAGAAUUGUGACCAGAGACGUGUAGCAAUGAAUAAGGAACAACACAAUGGAAAUUUCACAGAUCCUUCAAUGAAUGAAAAAAAGAGAAGGGAUCGGGAAGAAAGACAGAAUAUUGUUCUGUGGAGACAGCCACGUGUUACCUUACAGUAUUUUUUCCUGGAAACCCUUGUAAUCUUGAAGGAAUGGACCUCAAAAUUAUGGCAUCGUCAAAGCCUUGUGGUGUCUUUUUUACUGCUGCUUGCUGUGCUUAUAGCUACGUAUUAUGUUGAAGGAGCACAUCAACAGUAUGUGCAACGUAUAGAAAAACAGUUUCUCUUGUAUGCCUACUGGAUAGGCUUGGGCAUUUUGUCCUCUGUUGGGCUUGGAACAGGGCUGCAUACCUUUCUGCUGUAUCUGGGCCCACAUAUAGCUUCAGUUACAUUAGCUGCUUACGAAUGCAAUUCAGUGAAUUUCCCUGAGCCUCCCUAUCCUGACCAGAUUAUCUGUCCAGAUGAAGAGGGCGCUGAAGGCGUUUCUUUGUGGAGCAUCAUCUCAAAAGUUAGGGUUGAGGCCUGCAUGUGGGGUGUCGGUACAGCCAUCGGAGAGCUGCCUCCGUAUUUCAUGGCCAGGGCAGCUCGCCUGUCAGGUGCUGAACCAGAUGAUGAAGAGUAUCAGGAAUUUGAAGAGAUGCUGGAACAUGCGGAGGCUGCCCAAGACUUUGCCUCACGAACUAAACUGGCUGUUCAAAAGCUAGUACAGAAGGUUGGAUUUUUUGGAAUUUUGGCUUGUGCUUCCAUUCCAAACCCUCUAUUUGAUCUGGCUGGAAUAACAUGUGGACACUUUCUUGUACCUUUUUGGACCUUCUUUGGUGCAACACUGAUUGGAAAAGCAGUCAUUAAAAUGCAUAUACAGAAAAUCUUUGUUAUAAUAACAUUCAGCAAGCACAUAGUGGAGCAGAUGGUGGCUUUCAUUGGUGCUGUCCCCGGCAUAGGUCCGUCUCUGCAGAAGCCCUUCCAGGAAUACCUGGAGGCUCAGCGGCAGAAGCUUCACCACAAAAAUGAAACGGGCACGCCACAGGGAGAAAACUGGUUGUCCUGGCUGUUUGAAAAGCUGGUCGUUGUGAUGGUGUUUUACUUUAUCCUGUCAAUCAUUAACUCCAUGGCACAAAGCUACGCCAAACGAAUCCAGCAGCGGUUGAAUCCAGAGGAGAAAACUAAAUAAGCUGAGAAAGUUUUAACUGCAGAAAUUAGAGUGAAUGAGUUCUGCCUCACACUGGGAGGACUCUAUAAACCAGGAAGGAAAAUUCCAUUUUUCCAACCUGUAUUGAUUUUUUUAAACGUUUUUUCCCAAAAGCAGUUUAGUCCAUAUUUUACACUGACAUACUUUUCUUUUAUGUGUUCAGGUAAGGUAUCCACCCUCAGUUCAAUCCACAUUGUAUUUCAUUAAGGUGGAAUGUUAUGUUGAGCUGCAAACUUGACAGAAACUGGCCUUCUUUUUGUUAUUUUCAUCAAGGAUCCACAUGGUACAAUUGGAAAUCUUCUGCCACACAAAACAGUUCUUGAGUAUGUUAAAUGCCAGGCUUUUAAGGGCUGUCACAAAUGAUUACAUUGUUUUUCUAAGUCAUCAAAAUGUAUAUAAAUUAUAUGGAUUGGAUAACAGUCUUGCAUGUCUAUCAUGGUACAAUUUAAUAGUCCAUUCUACCCAAACCUUCCCCUCCCACCCUCAGAAAAGGCCAUUUUAAGAUGCAUUGCACACCCUCUGAGGAAAUUGAUCCUUAAAUUCUGAGACAGUAUAAGAAAAAUCUGGUUGGUGUCUCAUGAAUGAGUGCACCAUUUUUUAUUCUGUAUAUUUAGAAUGAAGUCAUGAAAAAACUUUAUAAAGACAUCUUUGAUCAUUCCAAAA